AUGGCUUCUGCAGCCUCUCCCCGCUCACCUGCAGAGACACCCUGGCCCCAGGGCUGGGGGGGGGGGCUCUUUCUUGACGAUGGGUGGGCACUGAGCAGGUGGCAUCGCCCUCUCAGCCCCCGAGGCAGACCAGGUGCACAGCGGAGCGGGGCCCCAGCCCCAGUGCUGCGGGGGUGGGUGCCAUCCAGGAAAGGCCAGUCUGCCCUCCAGGGCUGCCCCAGACAAGCUGAGCCCCUAUGCCCCGCCCACUCUGCCAGGGCUGGUCCAGCUCCAGAUGUGAAAAGAUGCAGGGAAGGCGAGCUCUCCGAAACCCGGACCACACCCUGGCCUUUCCUCCGUGUGCCUUCUGGGGCCAAGUCAGACAGAGAUGCCCUGCGGGCUGAGGAGGAGGCCCCACUGUGGGUCAAGGAAGGCUCUGGCCAUGAAGAGGCCACCUCCUCCCCUCUCAAAGGGAAGCAGGGACUUCCAGCAGCUUCUGGUGAGAGAGCUGUCCCAGACCCCACGGGCUUGGUUCUCCAGCUUCCUGACGAUCCAGGAGCCCCAGGAUCCUUCCAGUCACUUCUCACUGGUUUCGGUGGCUCAGGGCUGCUGACCGUCUCCCCCAGGCCCAACCGUCAGGAAAUGGGUCGGGGCUGGGCAUCUCUGCCUGGGGCUUCGGGAGGGGCCCCUGCCCCCACCCUCACCUGGAAUCCAAACCAGGCAGCUGCCUCCAAUGCUCCUGUCCCUCGGGUACCUUCAGCACCCCGAUCACAGGCUGCAGGCCACCGUGACCCUGCCCCAGCUUCAGUGUGCAGGGCAGUCAGGACGUGGGCUCUGCGGGCCUGGGUCGUCCCAGCCCCCACUGUUCAGCAGCCAGGCCCCCGUGCCUCCUCCUCUUGCCAAACCCGGGUGACGUGUCACGCACCUGAUGGCAGGCCCGAGAGCUCGCACCCAUGA